ACUGCUGUCCCUCGUUCUCCAGGGCUCCUCAGAGGGCUGGCGAGAGCUGGGCUCCUGGCCCUGGAAGGCCCCUCGCUGGUCCCUCCUCGGACUCCAGGUCUCUCCUCCUCUUCCUCCCACUCCAUCCGGUCUAGUAGCACCCCCACCCCCCAUCAGCUGAAUCUGGAAGACAUUACUCUUCCCAACUCAAGCUCCAGGAAAUUCCAGGCCAGGAAGCGGAGCAGGGGGGGCACAGGGGGAGGGGCACGUCCAAGGGGCUCGGAGGCAUCUUCUCCAGCAGCUCAAAGCCUCCUUUAGCUCCGAAGCCCCGAGAGAAAUUCCAGCCUCCUCCCCCUUGCCCUUCUCCCUAAUCGGAGGGCGGUCCAGCACCCUGGGGGGAAUUCCUGGACAGCUGGCCCUUUAAAUCCCAGAGCCAAACUUUUGGGGCUGACUGAGGGAGGGAUGGGGAGGAGGGGCCAGGGACUUAACCCUCCCAACCCCGAGAGGGGCCAGACUGGGCGUCGGCUCCGGAUCAUCGGGCUCCCGCGCUCGCCUCUUCUUGGCAUGGCCCCCUCAAACUGGGGCUGAUCUUCUGUUGGGCCUAGCCAGGUGAAAGGAGGGAGUGCUUGACGAGGAACUGGUGUCGGAUUCAAGGGGGCCCAGCCCCAGCACAGCGGAGCUGGCCAGGACUGAGGACCCUCCCGGGGCCCAAGGAUCCCCGUAAAGAAUGCCCAUCCUGAAACAGCUGGGCCCAGCCGUGCCCAAAAAGCGUCUGGAUCGAGAUGCCAUCUCAGCCCCACUGGGUGACUUUCGGCACACCAUGCAUGUGGGACGUGGGGGCGAUGCCUUCGGGGACACGUCCUUCCUAAGCCGCCACGGCGGCGGCGGGGGCGGGGCCGGGGCCCCCACUCCGUCUCCUGGCCCCUCCCCAGGUCCCUCUCCAGCCCCCUCCGCUGCUCCAUCCCCAGCGCGCCCAGCCCUACCACCCCCUACUGCUCCCCAGCCCCCACGGCCCUCUGAAAGCCAGCCUGAGCCCCGGUCGACUGUUGGAGACCCUUUUCUGUCCUUCUGCCUGGAUCUGGGGCCCUCUCUCCUAGAGGAGGUGCUAGGGGUGAUGGAUCGCGGGGCCCUAGCAGAUGCAGGGGCUGCCCCGAGUGCCUCCAACGGUGGGCUGAGGACCUCCCAGCCGGGCUUCGGCUCCGAGGAGGACCUGGAUGAAGUUAUCGGUCUGUAGAGGGGCCACCGAGAAGCUGGCCGUGUCCCCCAAGCCAAGGGCCUGAACCUUGGCCCUGCCUUGUACCAAAAGUUUUUAUACGAUGCCCUCUGUAUAGCACCCUUCCUUCUCCCCAUCCCUUCCCAGCCACCCCCUCCCCUCCCAAAUCUUUAUAUAAAAGAAAUAUUCAUCAUUCA